GGGGUGCGGGUCUAAUUUACUCCGGCGUGGGUUACAGAAACGGGCCUGGAAAGCCCAGCCCGUGAAUAAGCAGGGUCGUAACGCAUGUCGUUUUUUCUCUUUCCUCUUGUAAGCAGAAACAGCGAAUAGUAGAUGAUGACAAAAACCGAUAGAAGAAAUAGCCACCGUAACCGUAACUCUAACCGCAGUUUCUUCUAAUAUCUGGUUGUUACUCGCAACUCUGCACCACCACAAAAUUCCCCCAAUCGCCAUGGUGGAACCUAAACGGAUCUCCGUUUAUCACGCUCUCGGCGCCGGCUUAGUUGCUGAUGUGCUGCUAUGGAAGAAUUGGCGUGGAGGAGUUGCGGUGCUGAGUUCGGCAACCACAUUGUGGUAUCUGUUUGAGCGAGCCGGUUAUAACUUCUUGUCGUUUGUGGCUAAUGUGAUAUUGCUUCUAGUUGUGAUUCUGUUUUUAUGGGCUAAAGCUGCUAAUCUUCUUAAUAGACCGCUCCCUCCUCUGCCUGAUCUGGAGAUCUCGGAGGAAACUAUUGGGAAGUUUGCUGAUGCACUUCAAAUUUGGAUAAAUCGGGCUUUGUCUGUUGCACAUGAUAUAGCAAUUGAGAGGAAUUUGUUGCUUUGUCUACAGGUUGUUGGUGUAUUGUUGACGAUAUCUUAUCUUGGUAGUCUGUUUAACUUUCUGACUUUGAUCUAUAUAUGUGUUCUUCUUAGCUUGUCUCUUCCCGUGUUGUAUGACAAGUACCAAGAUCGAUGCGAUGAGAAGAUACACAUUGUACAUGGGGUUGUUCACCCACAUUAUCGAAGUUCACAGCAUUAUUUUGAGCAUUAUUCCAAAUCGUGCAAAAAAAGAAAAGAAGGUGCAGUAGAUGGUUAAUUGAAGUCUAGUUAGGAGCGUACAGAAUCUACAGAUGGAUGCUUAACAAAAAGUACUUGAUUAGAGUGAUAUGCUAAUUCUUCAGGAGCCAGAUUGAAGAAGAGCUUUGAUUUAGAUGAUUUUUCUGUUGUGAUUUUUCAGUGUACCCUAUUGGAAGAUGCUUUAUAUGAAUUUUGAUAAAUAGGUAUGUACCCUUGUUGAGCUUCACUUUGAAUUAGAUUACCAGAGGGGGAAAAAGGGAGGAAGUGAGAACUUGCGCAUCAGUUUGAUUUUUUAGGAUGGUAACAUCACAUGGUUUAUGACUACAAAUAGAUUUUGGAUGAGUUUGUUUUAUGAUGUAUUCCUGAAAGUGUUUAAUCAGUAAUUACCACGGUGUGUACUGCAAAACUUUUAACUUUUAAAAAUAAGCGAAAUAAAAAAUAUAUUGCCACCUUAGGUUA